AUGCCCGUUAUCCUUGAAGAUGGCGCUCCCCUUGACCCAGGAGUUCCUCCAGAAGUCAUUGUUCCUGUUUGGCUCGGGAUCGGUAGCGACGAAGUAUCCCUUGCGGACUCCGAAAUCAUGAUCGCAGAUUUUGGAGAAGCUUUCGAUCCCCAAGUUACACAGCAGUUUACAGCUCAUACGCCGCUCUUGAUUGCGCCGCCAGAAUCUCGCUUUGCAGAGCCGGGGGGAGCUGACAAGCCAUUAUCCUUUUCGGGGGAUAUGUGGACGCUUGCGUGCACGAUCUGGGAUAUUUUCGGGGACAGGCCCCCCUUUGAAGCAUUUCCCGCCACGCUGGAUGAGGUUACCAUUGAACAUGUCGAGAUGCUGGGCCGGCUUCCGGAGCGGUGGUGGAAGAAGUGGGAGGAAAGGGGGAACCGGUCUGAUGAGGAUGGGAGGAAGAAUGUGAAGGAAUCUCUUCGUCAAUGGUAUUUGAAUAGUAGUAGAGAUUGGAACCAGCGAUUCACGGAUCAUAUUCAGGAGCCGCGGGAGUGGAAAAAGUACGAUACCUUUUCAGCGGAGGAGAACGCGUUCCGUAACAUGAUAAAGUCAAUGUUGGUUCUUGAGCCAAGCGAACGGGCGACGAUUGAGGAAGUGGUGAAUUGUGAGUGGAUGCAGGGAUGGGGCUUGCCAGAGGUGCAGAAGAUGCGGGAUGCGAUAUUGACGAUCGAGGAUUCUUGA